AUGCUCUUUGAAGGGAAGUCGUUUCCUCCUAAUGAAGUUGUUGGCAAAGCUCUUAAUGAUGCAAGGCAGUGGUUUAACGUUCAAAGGAAGCUAGAGGCUGAACCAAACCGAAAAACAGAGACGAUAUAUCAGUGGAGACCUCCGGAUGAAGGAAGAGCAAUGUGCUUUGUCAUAGCAGAAGAGGGCUUCUCCCCUGUUACCUCAUGUUUCGAUGCUAAGGUGAAUUGUUGGGAAUGGGCACUUCAAAGCAUGCGAGAUUUGAGAUAUCAGAAUGUCACUUUUGCAGGAUCAACCUUGGAAAUCACUAAAGCUAUGUUUGAACCACUGCAAUGGUCGGCCUUAAUGGGACAUGUUGCAGGUUUAUUGAGCUUUACAACGAAUAAGAUAGGUUGGGACAUCAGCUAUGAGGAGCCGAGUUCUAACACUGGUGACUUAUUGGGGGACAGAUUGAGUUCUUACGUAGCUCGUGGAGUACAAGUAAGUCUGUGA